GAAAGCGGGAAUUUUUAGAACCAUGAUUAUCUCAUUGUUAUUGUCACUGGUACGACGAUGUUUGUAACUUAUAUGAUAGAUGACCUUCCUGUGGAUGAUCCUCGUUGUCAAUGGAGAUAACUGCACAUUUGAUAUUAACCCAUCUCUUUCUAUUUACGAAUACGAGAGGAGGUAUAGUAGAUUUAUUUUUAAAUCUUAUCAGAAGCCUCGUCACUUUGUCAGAAACUGGAGACUCGCUAGUAAGUUCAACUCCUCUUUAUGUGGGCGGAUGGUGGUGGAUCCGUCUACCACCAUCUAUGGACUAGAAGCGAGGAUUGCACCGGUUAAAUCAUUCCCGUGGCACGUCACGCUGUUGAGGAAAAAGAAGGACUUAUGCAACGGUAUCUUGAUCCUGAGUCGCUGGGUUCUCACUAUAGCCAGCUGCAGCUUGAACACAGAUCAAAUUAGCAUAGGUAUAUGGAAUGUGAACAGCUUAACUUCAUACGAACAAGAAGUUAAAAUCAGCAAGAGAUUCGAGCACGAAGACUACAACCCCUGGACUGCCGAGAACAACAUCGCCCUGGUAAGACUGCAAGAAGAGGUGAAGUUCAAUGACUAUGCAAGACCCAUCUGCUUCCCAACAAUGGAGACGAACUUCGACUCUGCUGCUAAAUGCUUCGUCACCAGCUUCGGAAUGACUGAGCCUGACAGUUUUAUGAAGGGUGAAUUUCUUCGCUACAGUGCUGUAACCAUUCUGCCGCAAGAAGCUUGUUCCUACUCCAGGAGCCUGUUAUCACGAAACACUGAUCGGAGGAACAUCUGCACGAACUAUGACGCAGCUACGCUUUGCUACGGAGAUGACGGGAUACCACUGGUUUGUGAAGUGAAUGGUACAUACCGCCUAGCUGGACUUUUCAGUUCACUGAACAACCUCGGAGACUGCGUGACACCGUACUUCCCAGCCAAAUAUACCAGAGUUUUUGAAUAUGCAGAUUGGAUUUAUUAUGUCAUUGAAAAAAAUUCGUAGCGAUUUUUCGAUAAUGUAAAAUUGUAAUUUUUCAACCAUC